AUGCUCCAUGAGGCACAGAAGACCUUCGAGCAGCGAGGGAUCAAGGGCGCCGCUGGCCUCUCAGUUGACUUUGAAAAGAUGAUGGCCAACAAGGACGCGGCGGUCAAGAAGCUUACCGGAGGUAUUGAGGGGCUCUUCAAGAGGGACAAGGUCACCUACCUCAAGGGCCACGGUAAGCUCACGGGGCCCAACUCCGUCACUGUGGCGAUGAACGACGGUGGUGAGCAGACCAUCACUGCAAAGAACAUCAUGUUGGCCACAGGCUCUGAAGUCAUCGAGAAGUUGCCUUUCGUUUCAGUUGAUGAGGAACAGAUCGUCUCAUCGACGGGCGCCCUCGCGCUGAAGCAGGUUCCGGAGAAGCUCGUCGUGAUUGGCGGUGGCGUCAUUGGACUGGAGUUGGGCUCUGUAUACGAGCGCCUGGGUUCCAAGGUCACCGUUGUGGAAUUCCUGCCGACCAUUGGAGGCAUUGGAAUUGAUAGCGAGGUGUCCAAGGAGAUGCAGAAGAUUCUGACCAAGCAGGGCAUGACGUUUAAAAUGUCCACCAAGGUCACUGGUGUGGAGAAGACUGGGGGCACGGUCAAGGUCACCACUGAGCCUGCGGACGGCGGUGCCGCGGAAAGCAUGGAUGCCAACGUGGUCCUCGUGUGCGUCGGCCGACGGGAGUUCCGCGAUGGACUCAAUGCGGAGGAAGUUGGCGUUGCCUUGGAGGGUAGGAAAGUGAAGGUCAACGAUGAAUUCCAGACAUCAGUCCCAUCCAUCUACGCCAUUGGUGACAUCAUCCACGGCCCAAUGUUGGCGCACAAGGCAGAAGACGAAGGUGCCAUGGUGGCAGAGUACCUGGCCACCGGCAAGAAGCCGCAUUUGGAUUACAACAACGUGCCAUCUGUGCUCUACACUCACCCUGAGGUGGCUUGGGUCGGGAAGUCCGAGGACCAGCUGAAAUCCGAAGGCGUCGCCUACCGCAAGGGCAAGUUCGCUUUCGCGGCUAACGGCCGGUCUAUCGCCAACAUGGACACCGAGGGCUUCGUCAAGGUUCUGUCCUGCAAGGAGACAGACAAGUUGCUGGGCGUCCACAUCAUCAACGCCAUCGCUGGCGACAUCAUCAGCGGUGCCUGCAUUGGCAUCGAGUAUGGAGCCGCAUCCGAGGACUUGGCUCGAGUUUGCAUGGCUCACCCCACCGUCUCCGAGGUGCUGAAAGGCGCGUCGCAGAAGACUGCGUUCGGCAAGGCCGUGAGUGGUUGA